AUGAGUGAAUUAGAUACAGAGCCGGUAAUGAUGCCACUGCUCACUCCAAUCGGGGAAUGUGAUUUUGUGAUAGAGAAGAGUAAAUUGGGGAUGAAGAUUAUUAAUUUAUUAGCAGAUUUUUCAGAGAGUUUUGUGUAUGGAGGAUUUGUGAGGGAUUUUCUUGUUCGGAGGGAAAAGUUUAAUGAUUUGGAUUUAUUUAUUAAAAAUUCAAAUAUUGGUGAUGGUGAUGAUAUGGAAAAUAAUCAUAGAGAUUCGAAAAUUCUAAAAAUUAGAAAUGAAUUUGAGAAUAGACUGAGAGAUUGUGAAAUGGAAAUUGUUUCAAUGAAGAAUAAUAGAGAAACAGUUGACUACUUAAUUAAAUUUGAAGGGGAUUUAUUGGAAUUGAAUGUAAUUUAUGAGGAUAUUGAGAAUGAUGUUCCAGAUUUUGAUGUAAAUAAUUUAAAAUUUCAAAAUGGAAACAUUUCUCAAAGAAUUCCUAUGGAAAAUUGUACAGUAAAUGGAAUAGUGGAAAAUAUUAUGAAGAAACAGUGUAUUUUAUUGGAUGAAACAUUGGUGAAAGAUGAAACUAAUUACUACAUUAGAAGGAGAAUUAAAAAGAUGCAAAAGAAGGGCUGGUUGGUAAUGAACAUUCCAAACACUAAUUAG